AUGAUCAACCUCACACGCCGUCUCCGCCACCGCCUCCCCCCCUCCCUCCUCCCAACCCCAAUUCUCAACCGAGCCCUCUCCGCCCCCAUCACCCCAACCCCGAAACCCAAACCAGAAGUCCCGGUCGCCCGCCACACGGAGCCGAAGCCUCAGAGGAGGUCCGGCGCCGGGGACGUCGGGCGCGAGGCCGUGGCGUUCGACGGGGGCGUCGUGCCGGGGCUGACGCCGACGAUGGCGAGGUUCACGCUCGGGGGGAAGGUGGCGGUUGUGACGGGAGGUGCCAGAGGCCUAGGCUGGAACAUGUCCCAAGCACUCGCCGAAGCCGGCGCGCAAGCCAUCGCUCUGAUCGACGUGAAGCAGGAUCUGGGGGACGCGGCGGCCGCGGAACUACACUCGACGGCGGGCAUACCGGUCCGGUUCUACAGAGUCGACGUCCGGGACGCCAAAGCGGUCGCGGACGCGGUGGCCCAGAUAACCUCGGACCUGGGUUCCGUGGACAUCGUGAUCAACUCCGCCGGGGUCGUAGACUCCAACAUCAAAGCCGAAACGUACGACGCCGCCAUGUUCCGCAACCUCCUCGACGUCAACCUCACCGGCUCCUUCCUCGUCUCCCAAGCCUGCGCCCGCCACAUGAUCACCGCCCGCGCCGGCGGCUCCAUCAUUUUCCUCUCGUCCAUCGCCGGCUCCCGUGUCCUGCACCCUCAGCAACAAUGCGCUUACAACGCCUCCAAAGCAGCCGUAGCCCAACUGGCCAAAUCCCUCGCAGCGGAAUGGGCACCCCACUCCAUCCGCGUCAACACCAUCGCACCCGGCUACAUGGACACGGCGCUGAAUCGCGAAGCACUGCUCGAAGGGCAGAAGAAGCAUUGGAGCGCCAUGACGCCGAUGGGGCGAUUAGGCAGACCGGACGAGUUGAACGGCCUGGCGGUAUUUUUGGCGAGCGAUGCAAGCGGAUUUGUGACAGGGGCCGAGAUACUGGCUGAUGGCGGUUAUGCGGUAUAUUAA